CCAAGGAGACGCGCGUAAAAUACGCGCCGCUCGCCUUUUACGCGCCGUUACAAUCCCAUUGAAAGUCACGCUAAAACUCCAGUGGUUGAAGUUGGAGUGGAGUCAAGUCUUUGACCAGUAAGGUCCGUGCCAUGGAUCCCAUAUUUCCCAGCAUGGACGAAGGCAACUGGAGCCUGCAGGACUCCUCCAACGACACCAACAACGGGACGGAGUACUGGAACCAGUUCGUGCAGCCCGCCUGGAGGAUCGCGCUGUGGGCCGUGGCCUACUGCUGCAUCGUGGCCGUGUCCGUGGUGGGCAACGUGACGGUGAUUUGGAUCAUUGUGGCGCACAAACGCAUGAGGACCGUCACUAACUAUUUCCUGCUCAACCUGGCGUUCGCCGAAGCCUCCAUGUCGGCCUUCAACACCGUCAUCAACUUCGUGUACGCGGUGCACAACGAGUGGUACUUCGGACUGGUCUACUGCCGCUUCCAUAACUUCUUCCCCAUCGCUGCCGUCUUCGCCAGCAUCUACUCCAUGACCGCCAUCGCCCUGGACAGGUACGUGGCCAUCAUCCACCCACUGCAGCAGCGUAUGUCGUCUACAGAGACCAAGCUGGUGAUCGGAGUGAUCUGGAUCCUGGCUCUGCUCCUGGCCUUUCCUCAGUACUACUACUCCAACACGGACCAGCUCCCCGACCGUGUGGUGUGCUACAUCGACUGGCCUGAAUACACAACUUGGGACUUCAAAAAGAUGUAUUAUGUGUGUGUGGCCAUCCUGAUCUACUUCCUUCCCCUGUUGGUGAUGGGUUGUGCUUAUUUGGUGGUGGGACUCACGCUCUGGGCCAGUGAAAUCCCAGGAGACUCCUCUGACCGCUAUAAGGAGCAGCUGACUGCCAAACGCAAGGUGGUAAAGAUGAUGAUCGUGGUGGUUUGUACGUUCGCCAUCUGCUGGCUGCCCUACCACGUCUACUUCCUGUUGCACCAGUUUUUUCCCGACAUGUUUGAGGAAAUAUUCAUCCAGCAAGUCUACUUGGCCGUCAUGUGGUUGGCUAUGAGUUCCACCAUGUACAACCCCAUCAUCUACUGCUGCCUCAACAACAAGUUCCGUGCAGGUUUCAAACAAGCUUUCCGCUGCUGCCCCUGUGUCCCUCAAGGCUCGUACGAAGGCCUGGAACUCAAGUCCACUCGCUACUAUCAAACCCAAACGAGCAUGUACAAGGCAGGCCGGAUGGAGACCACCGUGUCCACGGUCGUGCAGGCGGGAGACGAAAUGGAGCGGUCCAAGCCCAAAGCCCGGGUAGCUCCUGGGCCUGUUGGCGCUGUUGUGUUGGCGAGACCACAAAGCCGCUCUCUGGAUCUCACCUCCAACGGGUCGUCCUCUCAGAGCGUCUCCAAGACGGCGUCUGAGGCGUCGAGCUUCUACUCCAACAACAACAACCUCCCAGAGCCGACGUCACACACGAGCAGCGAGAGGAUGUGAGUCGUUGGCCUGCGUC